CAUCACUAGAAAGACUCCGUUUUUUCAAAAGACCUCGGUGUUACAUGUAACAUGGCGAACAGUGGGACAACUUCUGCCUUGACCUGUCUAUCCACUAGUGAUAUUAUCACCAAGGUAGUAGAAUAUGGGAUAGAAGUAACUGAACUGGAAGCUAGGAAAUUCAGAGAUAAUGAUGUGGACGGGGAAGCAAUUUCCUAUGGCCUGACUGAGACGAUGGUCGCAUACCUCUUUGAAGGUUCCUUCAAAAAGCAAGCAAAAUUCCUACAAUUUGCACGCCAGCUGAAGGAGCCAGAGCCAUCUACAACGCUGACUUUUGAGAUCUUGCCAAAUGACUGUCUUUCUCCAACAUGUCAAGAAUAUGGGAGUUUCCCUGCUGUGUUUACCCUGCCAAUGUUCCCCAAAGAUAUCCAGACCAAACUGGACACAAAACAACCAUGCCAUAAAGUGUCUACUGAUAGACACAAAAUCGUGAGGAUAUUGCAUGAGACGAUGGCACAAUACACAAUGUAUCCGAUAAAUUCUGAAUAUAUUAAAGUGGCCAAAGCAUUGAUUUUCAGGUAUCCUUUCCUGAAGGAUAUGGAGGGGAAUGGAUAUGUAAGUUACUUUUACUGGUUUUAUAGUCCUAUGUGGUUUGGUGAAUUGACAGAUGUUAUCUCCCCUAUAGCAUUUUCGAUUAAGGACAAAAGCCUUUUCGAGAGCUCAUUUACAAAUGAACUUUUUCUAAUGAGGUGUUAUCUGGGUUACAUCACAAUAUAUGUUUUGAUUUCCAUAACCUGACAUACCUGAUUUGUUUGUUUGACACAACCAACUGGGAAGACUCUAUGGUAAACUGUUUUGAAAAGGGCUGGCACUUUCAAAAAUACUUGUAACGUAACUUGUAACGUAAAACGUAAAAAAACAAAAACAUUUAUAUCUACAUUUAAAUAAAUAAUAUCAAAAUAAUAAAUACAGAAGAUAAACAAAUAUUUUGGAGCGCACUUCCACAACCUACUAAACAUAUAUAAAUAUGAUAACUAAUGUCACUCACAACCUGUAAUGUUUAAUUAUACUGCUACACGCAGUACUCUUAUUUUGGUAACCCCUCACCUGGAAAGAGGAAGUAGUUAAGAGGCUCCGGCUUGACGAGGUUAGUAAAAGUUGACUGUACGCUAGAGAUCGGAGAAUAAAGACACAGCAACUAAAGCUUCCCUUGUAACGUGUUUAUAUGGAUUUAUUAAACAGACCGCAAGACACAACCUGGCCGAGCGGGCUUUUAGGGAGGGCAGGAUGUGUAACGCAAGACACAUUGAGAGCAUCAUUGCGAAAGGGAAUGCACAGAUUAAUUGCACAGCCCUACUGCGUCCUAGCUUCCACCCUCACUUGCCCACGUGGGUACGAUCUCAUCCUCUGACUUACAAACUCUUGUGACCACCUCAAACACCACCAACUACGCCACUGAAAUGCUAGUAUUCAAUGGUGCGGGUGGGCGAUUUAUACUGAGGAGUGAGUUUAAUCAAUUCAACUCACUUACAUCUGCACACAUUGCUCCCUUUUCUAAUAGCAGACCGUGUUCCACCAGAUAGUAAAUAUUGGAAUGUGUUCCUCUUGUGUCGUGAGAUUUCAGAUAUUGUCAUGGCAUCUACAGUAAAAAAGCGGUGUCUUCCCAUGUUAGACUUACUUGUACAGGAGUUCCUCGGAGAAAUGAAAGACGUAUUUGGGAUCAUUACACCCAAGUGCCAUUAUAUGAUACAUUACUCUCGACUUAUGUUAAUGUAUGGACCUCUUCGAUCCCUUUGGUGCAUGCGAUUUGAAGGGAAGCAUCAGUAUUUAAAAAAUGUUGCCAGUAAUUGUAGAAACUUCAUUAACAUAGCUACAACACUAAGUAGCCGUCACCAAUACAAACAGUGCUGGGAGUUUUCCUCCAAGAUUUUAUGUGACUUUGAAAAAGUACCAGGAAAGAGUAUUGGCACACCAUUUGAAUCUUUACCAGCCCAACUUCAGACAGCUCUUUCAAACUUUGUAGGAAUUGAUUUGAAUGGCAAGGUUGUUCAACGUGUAUCUGAGGUUUUAUUACACAAUGUUAAGUAUGCCUUAAAGGACAUUUUCGUUAUUGCUACAGUUCAUUCUGAGGAAAUUCCCUUGUUUUUUGAGGUAAAAUACAUUUUAAACAUGGACACAAAAUGGGUUUUGUGUGGGAAAAUGCUGAUUCCAGUAUCAUAUCUUAAACAUUUCCAUGCAUACCAAGUCCAGUAUGACACUGAUUGGUCAUGUUUUCUGCCAGGCCAAGAGAUCAAUUUUUCACCUCUUGAUAGCUAUACCGUGGAUGACAAAUUGUUGGUGAAUAUUUCCAAGUAAUAUUGUGACUGGGUGACUGACUGACCGACUGGGUGACCAGUAUGACACUGGUCAUAUUUUCACAUCUUUAUAUAGCUAUGCAGUGGAUUACAAAUUGUUGUUGAAUAUUUCAAACUAAUAAGAAUUGUGAAGCUUUGAUAGAUUGCUGUAUUUAUGAAAAUGUGUUUCAUUGUAUUGGUGAAUGUUUCACCCAUUGAUAUAUAUAUAUACUGUGGAUGAAUGGUUGUUGGUCAUCAGUAUAUCAAAAGUAUUUUUUUCUAUAUUGAUGGGUUAUUGAACAUUUAUUUUCAUUUUUCAGCGUUCGUAGGAAAUUAAUUGAUGCUUUUAUUGAUUAUUGUUGUAGCAUGCAAGUUGACAUUUAUAUUAUGUGCUGACUUUCUGAUGGGAGUG